AUGGGUACUCCAUUGGAUGAGGAAACAACACUCUACACGCUUUCGUUUGCGGACGAUCAAAUUGUGAUAGCCCAGGAUGUAGAUGACCUGAACUACAUAACGCACAAAUUGGUAGAGGAGUAUGCCAAAUGGGGGCUGGAGGUGAACAUACAAAAGACACAAUACUUGUGCAUUGGUGGUGUGCAAGGCCUACAAAUACCUGGGAUUAAGAAUAUCGGAGGAUGGAGUUCUCAAAGAAUCGAUACGAGAAAGGAAGGAGGCAGGAGGGCGAUAUCGAUGCUCAAUGGUGUUUUAUGGGAUAAAAAUAUAUCCAAAGAAAAUAAAAAAAGGAUUUACAACACAAUUGUUAAGAGCAUUGUAACGUACAGCUCGGAAGUAUGGCCAAUAAAGGCUAAAACUGAAAAAAUGCUCAUGGUUACCGAGAUGGACUUCUGGAGAAGAUCGGCGGGCAGAUCAAUAAUAGAGAGAAUUCGUAAUGAAAGAAUAAGAGAGAUAAUGGGUGUCAAAAGUAACAUCGUGAAUGACAUCCGAACUAAACAGCUCAUAUGGUUCGGCCAUGUACAGAGGAUGCCAGACAAUAGAAUUCCGAAGAAAAUCUUUAAAUGGACCCCACAAGGACGUAGAAGAAGAGGAAGACCUAGAAAAAGUUGGAGGGAAGGUGUCGACAAAGAAAUGAGAGACACCGGCCUAGACGAAGAACUAUGGAGAGACCGGGCCGAAUGGCGAUUAGAAAUCGGAAGACGCCGGAGAACGUUUUGA